AGGUGUGCUCAUUUACCACAGCUCCUCCUCCAUGAGUCAACCUGCUCUCCUUCCUUGUGACCCUUCAGCAUUUUGACUACUGCUGCCAUUUUUUUCUCUGCUGCCUGCUCCCUCACACAUCAGAAGCAAAAUGACGUCUGGGGUACAAGUCUCUGACAAAGUGAAGGACAUCUACAAUGAAAUGAAAGUCGUGAAAAGUGAUGCUGAUCAGAGCGAACGCAUAAGAUUGGUGGUAUUUGAAAUCAACAAUGGUUACAUUGAAGUGGAGAAGGGCAAAAUCUUCCGGGAAAAGGAUCUGGAAGAGGUGGAAGAUGUAUUCAAGUUCUUCCUGAGUCUGCUGGAUCCACAUCAGUGCCGCUACAUGCUGUAUGACUGCCACUUUGAAACCAAGGAAUCUAGUAGGAAAGAAGAACUGGUCUUUGUGAUGUGGGCUCCCGAAGAAGCAACCAUCAAAGAAAAAAUGAACUACGCUAGCUCAAAAGAAUCCAUAAGGAAGGUCCUGACAGGUAUCAAACACGAGCUGCAGAUGAAUGACUUUGCAGAUUACGGCGACAGGGAUCAUUUUGCAGAAAAAGUGGGGAAAGGCGUCAUCAAAGUUGAGGGCCACACUGUGAAACCUGUGUUAGGUGGGGCUAAGUACUGAUUGAACCAUCUUUCCCCUAUUUCAUGACAAGGUCACUUUAAAGGAAUUUGAGAUGAUAACACCAAAGUUUUUUUUUUUUUGAUCAGUUCCACAAAGCCUUAAGGGCAGGGUUGGGCUCUGAAUGGAAUUAAAUUCCUGUAACCUCUGAUGUCUAUGUCCUACUAAAAUGUCCAGUCACACCAGUUUGGCUGUGAAAUCAGCCUUGUUCAGAUGUGAUUUUAGUCAUUAUUUGACAUACCCAUAUAUUGAUACUAUUGUCUGUCACUUGACUGAGUAAUUUGCUGUUUUUAUGUAUAUACAUACUGUUUGAAUCCCAGUGUCUCGUCUUCCUUUUAGAUUGGUUAAUAAGGACUUUUUCACUGGCAUAUAACUAUAUCCUGUAAAAUAGCCUGGACACCCUACUAAAGUUUACUAGGUCAAAAUGGCUGGGCCUGUAGGUUUGACAUGUAUCUGUUUUUCUAGACUGUUACACUUUGAGGGACCCCUAUAAACAAUAGUAUGACUUUUACAAAGAAAAAUAAAUGUUUUCAUGAAAAUGCAGCAUAUGGUGCACUGUCUGAGUAUUGUCAAAUAAAAAUGCAAUCAAUUGUG